UAAUCUCUCAAUCAAACAGAUAACUAACGUCGUUUUGGUUUUCAAAUUCAAGCCUUUCAGUUUUGUUUUUUUUUUUCAUGGCGUGCCGUAGGAAAUUUGGAAUUCCUUGGCCUGAAUGCAACGACGGUCUCUCCUACGACGACGUCGUUCGAACCUCUGAUUCUGGGUUGACUCUGAUAGAGUUUUACUCUACCAAGUACAAAAGUUCUGCUCCCUUACAAGGUUGGUUGCAGCGUAUAAAAAGUGGGCAGAUAACAUUUGAUGGAAGAGUUGUUACUGAUUCCAACGCAGUCCUCAGAGUUGGCUCAAAGCUAGUCUAUCAUAGACUUCCAUUGAAGGAACCUGAUGCCCCACAUAUGAUUGAAGUAUUGUAUGAAGAUGAUGACAUGAUUGCUCUAAAUAAACCUUCCGGCUUGCAAGUUCUGCCAGGAGGGCUCUUCCAGCAAAGGACAGUUUUGACACAGCUUCAAUGGGAAGCCAAUUUGCACAAAAUGUCUCAUCCUGUCCCAGUACAUCGUCUAGGGAGGGGAACUUCAGGAAUUUUGUUAUGUGCAAAGACAAAAGUAGCCAGAGCUCGUCUUGCAUCUUAUUUUGCUGAUGGAACUUCUCACAUUGGAGGAAAAAGGGCAAUUUUGGAACUAUUCUUUGGGACUUUUGGAAGGACACCUAGCAAAUUGAAGAUUCUCCACAAAGGCACUUUAGGAUUAGUCAAUUUUGAAUUUAGUAGAUUAGACUUUUUAAUUUAAGUUUUGUAUUAUUUGGGCCAAUUUUGUAGAGGAGACUUAAGCCCAAGUUGUAAAAAAAAACUUGUCAUAGCUUUAGGGUUUGGGUGGACCCCACCCUAGUUUUUUGACACAAUUCUCGGACCAUUUGGGGGAGCACUGCCGUCACUUAAUGUUUUCUCUCGGCAAUUUUAUUUUGGGAAGGCAAUGACUUCAUUUGAGAGCUCUNUUUGUAGUCACACUGCUGCCAAUUGUUGAAAGACACCGUCACACGUUGCUGUUUUGUUUUGAGUUUUGCUNGAACAUUUUCUUGGCUAAUGGAGUAGACUUUUGUACGUUGGUUUUCGUGGUGAAUGAAAGAAAACUUUGCCAUUUUUAUUUUAUGCAAGGGCUGGAAUUUUUCCUUUGAGUUUAUUAUUGAAUAUUCAACACGCUGCAGCCACUNGAGAGGCUUGAAUGAAGCAUCUUUCCUUUAAUAUAAUUUCGUUAAAUGGAAGGGAAAGCAACCGCUGUUUGCUUUUGGUGAGAGGAAUCCUUGAUGAUGGCCUUGGCUUUUGGAACCUUGAAGUCAGCGGGUGCAUUGAUUGAUGGAAGAAAGAGUUUCAUUUCAUUGCAAAGGUGUCACGGUUUCAUCACAUUUCCACUUGAAAGGGUAUUUAAUUUAGUUGGCUUCUAAGGGAAUUGUUGGAAGUAUAUUUGAGUCUUCGUUUUUCUGAUUGCGUAAAGGACUGAUUCCGUUUGGGUGCUGCUGCUGUUACGAGGUUUCACAAAUUGAAUCACAUUUUCUUUGAACCAUGGUCACAUCAAGAGACAUUUAUUUCAACUUUUUCUUACUAUGCUGAAUCAAUAUGCCAUGGGUCCAUUAUCUUUGCCUCGGGAAGCACAGUUUUCCUUGAAGAAAUUNACGUGAUAAGCAUUUGAUGUUGCAACCAAUUUUAAUUAAACAAAAGCAAGUAAUGUCACGUGNUGUAUGGAGGAGCAAGCAUGAUCAACCACAUUGAAGUUUGUCACGGCAUAGGGUGAUACAUUUAAUUCAUUUUCAAUUUGGAUAAAGGCUUUUAGUCACGUCCUGCAAUGGUUUUAAUUGAAUAACUUGUUUUUUUUUUUUAUUUUAUUCUUUUUCUUUUAUUUUAAAGUAGUUUAGGAUUUAGAUAAACUUUAAUUU